CUUAAUGUCUUUCUGAUUUUCAGACAAUAUUCACUCUUUGACGCCUUGCUGUCACCAACAAUGUUUAUGUAUGUCUUGUUAUGCUCAAUAACAAUUUGCGGUAGUGUUGUCCAGUUUACUUCGAAAGAAGUAACAACAUCUCAAAAGCUUUGGGUCAUCCAGUACACGACUGGCUUAGUUUCGCAACUCUUUCUAUACUGUUGGCAUAGCAACGAAGUGACGCUUCAGAGUAUGGAAGUCGAUAGAGGGCUAUACAACAGUGACUGGUGGCAAGGCGAUGUACGUGUGCGCAAACAGCUUUUGCUGUUAGCCGGGAAGUUAAACCAACCUUUCGUGUUGCACGCUGGGCCUUACACAACGCUUUCUGUACCCACCUUCAUUGAAAUAAUUAAAGGGACCUACAGUUUCUUCACGCUGUUUUCACAGUUUCAAGAAGAUUAAUUAUUUUAUGAACUAUCACAGUUUUUUUUCACAAUAUAAUGUUAGUCUUAUAAUACAAUUGUUAUUUCUUAGAAACUUUCUUAACUUUGUAUUCUUCUUCUCACUUGUGAAUUUAUGAAUAAAUUUUCUUAACCUUGCUACACUUCAAGCUAAUGUUUUUUCUUCCAAGAAUAUUACAAUCAAUAUAUCAAGACAUUAUUAUGAUAAGUAUACCUAACCAAUCUACAGAAACUAAUAAGAAUGCGUCAUACAAAAACACUACCUUUCAAACUUUUUCGAAUAAAAUACAUUUCAACCCUUCAAUUUUCCUGCCACUUUAACUCAAUACUACAAUUUUGUGAUCGCAGUAGACAUUUGACGAGGUGUCCGUAAAAAUUACAAGGUUAAGAUACCAAUCUUGUUUAAUAUGCAGACCAUCAAUUUGUUUGUACAUGUCUGUCCGCCCCUAAACACUGACUAAACUGACAUGUUUAAAUCUAUUUUGUUGUCUUUUUGUAGAAUUUUGAUUGUUUGAAAAAAGAUUCAAUCAGCUAUAACGGAACUGUCUUAGUAUUUGACUAGUAAUUUGGUAUAAGAUAAUUUCGAAUGAAACGUAAUGUCAAUUGUGUUGAAGCACAAAAUAAUGAAAACUUUACAGGAACUCAAUCACCGCAAGCAAACGAGACUGUACCUCUCAAUGAGAC